CAAGAUUCAGCAUCUAUGAUAGAGCCAAAACCAAGGUAUGCUGUUGUUACUGGGGCAAACAAAGGGAUAGGGUUAGAGACUGUUAAGCAGUUGGCCUCAAAUGGAGUGAAGGUGGUGCUCACUGCCAGAGAUGAGAAAAGAGGGCAUGAAGCCAUUGAGAUAUUGAAAGAAUGUGGUGUCUCUGAGUUGGUGGUUUUUCACCAGCUUGAUGUCACUCACUCUGCUAGUAUUCAUUCACUCCUGGAGUUUCUCAAGUCACAGUUUGGGAGACUUGAUAUCUUGGUGAACAAUGCAGGAAUCAGUGGUGUAAAUCCAUAUGAAAUGCAAGGGUCAACAAUUAACUGGAGGGAACUUACUCAAACUUCUGAAAUGGCAGAAAAGUGUUUAAGAACAAACUACUAUGGUGCAAAGGAAACAACUGAGGCAUUUCUUCCCCUUUUGAAACUAUCUAACUCACCUAGGAUUGUUAAUGUUUCCUCCCAAGGAGGGUUGUUAAAGGGGAUAGCAAACAAAAUGGCUAAAGGGGUGUUUGAUGAUGCUGAAAAUCUUACAGAAGAUAGAAUAGAUGAGGUACUGAAAGAGUUUAUGAAAGACUUUGAAGAAGGUUCAUUCAGAAACAAAGGUUGGCCAACCUUCUUAUCUGCCUAUAUGGUCUCAAAAGCAGCCAUGAAUUCAUACACAAGGAUUCUAGCAAGGAAAUAUCCAAACUUUUGCAUCAAUUGUGUGUGUCCUGGAUUUGUGAAAACAGACAUAAACAGAAACACUGGUUUCUUAUCAGUUGAGCAAGGUGCUGCUAGUGUUGUGAGAUUAGCAUUGCUUCCCAAUGGUUCCCCUUCUGGCCUCUUCUAUAGUAGGGAAGAAAUGUCAAAUUUUCUACAAAACAAACUCGUACACUUCAUUGUAUUUGUCACCUGGUUUUGGAGAAAACCACUAACAUUAUUAACACAUCCAUUCAGUUUCAGCAUUUCUAUGGCAGAGCAAAAUCUAAGGUAUGCUGUUGUAACUGGAGCAAAUAAAGGGAUAGGGUUUGAGACUGUUAAACAGUUGGCCUCAAAUGGAGUGAAGGUGGUGCUCACAGCCAGAGAUGAGAACAGAGGUCAAGAAGCCAUUGGGAAAUUGAAAGAUUAUGGUCUCUCUGAUUUGGUGACUUUUCACCAGCUCGAUGUCACUCACUCUGCUAGUAUUCAUUCUCUAGUAGAGUUUGUUAAGACACAGUUUGGGAAACUUGAUAUUUUGGUGAACAAUGCAGGAAUAAGUGGUAUCAAUCUGGAUGGAAUGGAGGAGGGAUCAGCAUUUAACUGGACGGAACACGCUCAAACUUAUGAGAUGGUUGAAAAUUGCCUAACAACAAACUACUACGGUGCAAAGGAAGUAACUGAGGCAUUUCUUCCCCUUCUGCAGUUAUCGAACUCUCCAAGGAUUGUGAAUGUUUCCUCCCAAGCAGGAUUGUUAAAGAACAUAGCAAACGAAUGGGCUAAAGGGGUGCUUAAUGAUGCUGAAAAUCUUACAGAAGAGAAAAUAGAUGAGGUGCUCAAAGAGUUUACCAAAGACUGCAAAGAAGAUUCCUUAGAAACUAAAGGCUGGCCAACCUUCUGGUCUGCCUACAUGGUCUCAAAAGCAGCCAUGAAUUCACACACAAGGAUUCUAGCAAAGAAGCAUCAAAACAUGAUUAUUAACAGUCUGUGUCCCGGUUAUGUGAAAACAGACAUCAACAAAAACUCUGGCAUCUUAUCAGUUGACGAAGGUGCUGCUAGUGUUGUGAGAUUGGCACUUUUUCCUGAUGGUUCCCCUUCUGGCCUUUUCUAUAUUAGGCAAGAAUUGUCUAACUCUGGUACACUUCAUUAUAUUUGCCACCUGGUUUUGGAGAAAACCACUAACAUUAUUAACACAUCAUUCAGUUUCAGCAUUUCUAUGGCAGAGCAAAAUCUAAGGUAUGCUGUUGUAACUGGAGCAAAUAAAGGGAUAGGGUUUGAGACUGUUAAACAGUUGGCCUCAAAUGGAGUGAAGGUGGUGCUCACAGCCAGAGAUGAGAACAGAGGUCAAGAAGCCAUUGGGAAAUUGAAAGAUUAUGGUCUCUCUGAUUUGGUGACUUUUCACCAGCUUGAUGUCACUCACUCUGCUAGUAUUCAUUCUCUAGUAGAAUUUGUUAAGACACAGUUUGGGAAACUUGAUAUUUUGGUGAACAAUGCAGGAAUAAAUGGUGUCAAUCUGGAUGAAGUGGAGGAGGGAUCAGCAUUUAACUGGGGGGAACUCACUCAAACUUAUGAGAUGGUUGAAAAGUGCCUAACAACAAACUACUAUGGUGCAAAGCAAGUAACUGAGGCAUUUCUUCCCCUUCUGCAAUUAUCCAACUCUCCAAGGAUUGUGAAUGUUUCCUCCCAAUCGGGAUUGUUAAAGAACAUAGCACACGAAUGGGCUAAAGGGGUGCUUAAUGAUGCUGAAAAUCUUACAGAAGAGAAAAUAGACGAGGUGCUCAGAGAGUUUAUCAAAGACUUCAAAGAAGAUUCCUUAGAAACUAAAGGCUGGCCAACCUUCGUGUCUGCCUAUAUUGUCUCAAAAGCAGCCAUGAAUUCAUACACAAGGAUUCUAGCAAAGAAGCAUCAAAACGUGAUUAUUAACAGUCUGUGCCCGGGUUUUGUGAAAACAGACAUCAACAAAAACUCUGGCAUCUUAUCAGUUGAUGAAGGUGCUGCUAGUGUUGUGAGAUUGGCACUUUUUCCUGAUGGUUCCCCUUCUGGCCUUUUCUAUGUUAGGCAAGAAUUGUCCAACUUUUAAAUUUGCAUUCAUGCAGUUACAAUAAUACAAUGCAAUGGAAUAAAGUGCCUCUUGCUCAUA